ACUCUAUUCUGCAACAGCUGUGACCAUUUAUUGAUUUAUUUACUGUUUUGUCUGCAGAAAAUGAGAAAUUGUUGAAUUAGAAUUAAAAUGCUGCGCCAAGAAAACUUGGCAGCUAAUUUCUGCGGCCUAUUGGCAACCCAGGGACACAAGGAAAAGGCAAAUGAGUGGCGUAUUUUGGGCCAGGAGCAAGACGGUUCGCUACUUACCUCAUGGAUAUUCGAGUAUGAUGAUGACGAGAAGGAAGAGGAGCCAGGUAUCAAGCGUCGAGAGACUUGUAUUGGACAUUUUCAUGCCACAAAGAAGUUAAUCCGCCUACUAUGGACUUUGCCGGGCUGUCAUGAAGUGAUCCAAGCCAGCAUUAAUAGCAGUGUCACCCUGCUAUCCUAUGUGGUGAAGAGUCAAGGGCUCUAUCAGGCCUUUGUGGUGGAGGUCAGAAGCAGUGAAGGCGGCAAGGCAAUAUCACUAAAUGCGGAUCCAACUUCCAAACAGAUAAUGACACAGUUUCUGUGGCGUGUGGAGAGUGCCACGCGUACCUGCUGGCAAGAUAAAUUGCUAGUGCUAACGCAUGAAGAUUCCAUUAAGCAGUUUACCUGCAUAGUGAAGCAAAGUUCCAUUACAUCUGGCCAAGCUGCUGCUGGUGCUGUUGAGGGCAGUGCCUGGCAUUUGGAUACAUCGGUGCUGACGCAUGAAACUCUGGCGAAAAACUUUAGUUGGGCCCAGUGGGAUGCCGAGAGUCAGGCAUUGUAUUAUAUUCACCUCAAACCCAAGGCGAAGAGCUUAAGUUUACUGGAUGAACGUGAUGAAGAGGAGGCUGGAGUUGAGUCCAAGCCAACAUUGAGUCCUACUUUAACGGCCUUUCAAUUCAAUGAGAAACAACCCACAGAGACGGUGCUAAAUAUUCCGCUUAAUCUGCCCAAGUUGCCAGGAAGCGGUUCAACCAAUCAAAUGGAAUCACCCAGUUAUGAUGAUGAUGCUGUACCUUUACGUGUACAUGAUAGCUCAUUGAAUUUGGUUAUCCUAGCUGAUGGGUCGGGCAUGUUUUUUGUCUGUCAUUAUUAUCUGUAUCAACCAUUGCAAUCGAAUGUGCAGCAGGAUGUGCACUUUGCCUAUUCGGUAACACUGCUCCAUCAUGGCUGUGUGGUUCAUUGUGUUAUGCCGGGUGUACCCUGGCAAAAGGCGCGUUUAUUGCGCCCAACUUUUGCUCUGCAUGGCCAACAUCAUUUACUGGUAUCAUCAGCAUUUUUUGUUCAUCUUUUGGAUGUGGGACUGCAGCAUGAGCCCAUGUGUCAUAUCGUUUGUCCAGCCCCAACGAGUCGUAGUCCACAACUUGGACAAUUGGUACCAUUGAAAAAAUGGGGUGCAUUGGCCUAUGAUAUGGCCACUUUGGAUUUGGUUUCACUUACUGUGCCCCGUGCCCAUUUAAUUGAGACAUUUCGCAAUGAUAGCUCAUUGGAUAAUCGUAUAAGCAUUAUACAUUAUUUCCUCUUGCAUACUAGCGAUCUGGAUGUGCUGGCCGAACUAUUGAGUAGCAUUUUGGAACGUCCUCUAUCCUUGGAUACUGUGGCGUUGCUUAAGGAGGCUUUGGUGGCGGGAAGCUAUGCUGCUGCUGUUAAAGGUUUGCCCGAUGAAGCCAAACCAUUGCUGAGACUCUUGCCACUGACUACGGCCAUGGCAUCGCGUCCUAUUCAGGCAAAAGUUGCCGAUAUUAUUGUUGGACUGUCGCAUGAAACAUUACAUAAUACCAGUAUGAUGUUACUCUCACCGCAACAGAGAUUAUCACCAUAUCGCACCGAUAUUUGGACAAGAUUGUGGGAAUUACUUAAUGAGUCCUCUAAACAGGAGCAGCCACGUUUCAGUGCCGAACAGGUUACCGAGAAAUUGAUAUUCAGUUUGGCGUGCUAUCAGCCGGAGGCUUUAUCCCGUUGCACUACACCCCUAACCCCAGAUGGCGGAUCAUCGGGUGGCGGUGGCUUUGGUGAUUAUGGCAGUGGCACAGCUUUUCCCUUUGGCAAUGAAGUGCUGCCGUUUAUUGAGCUAGAAAAAUGCACGGCCAGCAAACAGGAACAUGUCAUAUCAGUGUAUCUACGUGAAUUGAGUGUUCAUUUGGUUAAACACUCAUCCAAGCCUCAUACUGGAUUCCGUUGGUUAAAAGAGACAUUUUUUGAACGCUCUCAGGCUCCGGCUCAUGUUCAUGCGGUGGCCUCCCAGUUUGUUUCCGCCCAAUUGGAACUUUCUCGUGGACUAUGCUCUUUAGUUUGCCGUGCCGCUGGUUUAGAUGCUCGUUUACAAACCCUAAGAGGAUUUCAGUUAAUUGACCAAAUGCCCAGCAAUCAACAACAUUCACUGUUCCUUAUACUAGAACGCUAUUGCCUGGCUGUAGAGUCCAUAGCUUUUCCUUUACCGGAGGGUUUCUCUUCAUUCUUUACCUAUUUGGGUUAUCGUGCUUUGGAAUUUGAUAUGUUCUUGCAAUAUGUGGAGAAUCAUGUAUUCGAAUUGCAAGUGGAUGUAAUGAAGGCCAUUGUAUACGAUAUUGAGGACUCUUCUUUGGGUACGGAGCGUAAACUUUCACUACUUUCAGCCUUGCCUAAGCAGAGAGCACAACGUCUAUUGAAAUGCUGGCAUCAUCCCGAAAGUCUUAUGAUACGUGGACGAGAACAUGCAGCGAAUAUAUUAUCUGGUCAGCAUCAAGAAACUUCGCAGAAUCAAAGAUCUUCAGCUGCAGCUAUAUCCACACGUUCUCAGACCAGGAGUGAUCUUACAGCCGAAACUCUGUCCUCGUUAAAUUCAUUCUUGGAUCUUUUGACAGCCAAAGCCAGUUUAAACGAAUUGGAUUAUAAUUUAUUAAUUGAAACAACGCUAAGUUCAUUGGAUCAAUUAAAAGUUGAAGAGUAGUAGAUUUAUUUUGUAAGACAUUUCAAGUUUUAUUACUUGCAGGCCAAAGUUAUGUGUCAAAAAUCACAUGCCAAUAGUAUUGAUAAGUAUAUAUAAAUAAAUAUACAUGUAUGUAUGUAUUCGCAAUCUGGGUAAGACCCAUCUACUGUUUAUAUUGUAUGCUCGUAAAAUUAAUUUUUGUUUUGUUUUUUUUUUUUUUUUUAAUUUGUCCUUUUUGUUCUUAAGUAUUCCAUAUGUCAUUUGUGUAAAUUAUUUCUCAUACUCAGCUGUACUUAUAUAUACAUUCCUAUUGCAAUUCAUUGAAUACUUAAAUUAAAUUUAUGCGAAAUAAAAUAAAUAUUUGCGAUUAAAA